AUGGCUUACAGCGGCUCCACCAGAGUAGCAGCGCCACUACUCCUGCUCGGGGUCCACUCGGGUGCGGCAGAUCCCAUCCUCGAGGAGCCAUCGGGGGAUAUUUUUGGCCCCAGACUGAGUCCAGGCCCACACAGAAUUGCUGACAGACACGGAACGUGCCAUGAGGCCUUGUGGCUUGACGCUGUCUGCAGACGGCAGCGAAGCCCCCGCGGUCUAAGCAGAACCACAUGGGGGAACCUGAUAGCAGUACUCGGCCAGAGGAGAAGUUAUCUGGGCAGUGUGGCAGACUGCGCCGACACGAUGGAUGGCGUACAUCAGACCACAUUCCCAACGGAAAUGUUUUAUGUCCUCUGCCGCGGGAAGCAGUCAGGCCUCAAUUCUCCACAUGAUGAGUGUCGUCUUCCUCCCUCUUCAUCCGGCUGCAGCAAGAGCCACCGCUCAUCCUGA